AUGGACCUGCGCGAGACGACCGCUGGCACGGUCGGCGCCAUCUGCAACGUCUACGCGGGCCUGCCCUUCGAUGUUGCCAAGAUCCGCCUCCAGACACAGGGCCCGACGCCGCUCUACAACGGUCUUGUCGACGUCGUGACCAAGACGGCCCGAGCCGAAGGCGUGCGGGCGCUCUGGAAGGGCGCCAUCCCGGCCAUGUCGAGCGCGAUAGCCGAGAACAGCGUGCUCUUCACAGCCCAUGGCGCGCUUCACCGAUGCUUCUUUGGCAACCAAGAGAACCUCUCGACGUCCCAGGAGGCGCUCCUCGGCGGCGGCGCGGGCCUCUUUGCGGCCAUGGCCAUCACGCCCACAGAGGUCAUCAAGUGCCAGCUUCAAACACACCACGGCCCCACGUCGCUGGGCGUCGUGCGCUGCAUCCAACAAGUGUACCAGCAGUACGGCGUCCUUGGCUUCACUGCUGGGCUCCCGGCCGUCGUCUUGCGGGACGUACCGUUUGCAUUCUUCUUCUUUGGCGCCUACCAAGGCUACACAGCCCAGCUCAUGAAGUGGCAGCAAGUCGACUCGCGCCAUGACCUGCACCCGCUCGCUGUCAUGCUCGCGGGCGGCGCCGCCGGCUCGACAGGCUGGAGCUUUGUGUUUCCGGCCGAUGUGAUCAAGUCGCACAUGCAAAUUGGCCACAUUUCGUUUCGCGAGGCAGCGACGACCAUCUGGAAGCAACAUGGCCCGAGAGGGUUUUACCGCGGCUGGAACGCGGCGGUCUUGCGCUCGUUUCCUGCGGACGGGUCGCUAUUUCUCGGCGUCGAAAUGACGCACCGCUUGUUUACGCUCCUCGAGCCAACGUCCGUGACGCCGUCCAUUGCACCGGUUCUGUAG